UCAAAAACUACUAAAACAAUUCUCACAACAGCAACUCAAAACGAGUUCAUAUAAAAGAAGAAAAAAUAUUUAAUUGAAUUAAAUCACAAGAUGAACUACUGCGUUGUUCCUGAUUUCAAAAUGGAUGAUGAUUAUUCAGAUAUUGCUUCUGCUAUUUUCAACAUAUCGAAGAAAUCCACAAUAGCAGAUGAAGAAAUCAUGGAGCUAGUAUGGCAAAAUGGUCAAGUAAUUAUGCAAAGCCAAAAUCAAAGAUCUGUAAGGAAAUCUAACCUUUUUUCCGAGCAAUCGGCCGUAGAAGAAACGGUAGCAGCUUCAGCUCCACUGUAUAUGCAAGAGGAUGAAAUGAACUCAUGGCUUCAAUCUCCACUUGAUGAUUCCUCCUUCGAUGAUUUUCUAAAUACUACAUCGAGUUGCGCCGCCGUGACCUCCGCCGCUGCACCGCCGGGAGAAAUUGGUACUUCGACUGUAGAGAUCCGUCCGCCUCUGGUUUCGCCGUCUUCACGGCCGGUUAUACCUCAAUUGAGAUGUACAGAUGGUGAAUUUCCACACCGAUUACAGAAUUUUGGGCAUUUUUCACGGUUGCCUGAGGGAGCAAUUUUACGAAAUGGUAAUACAUCAAGUUCUCGCCACUCAAUUAGGACAUCGACGAUUGUGGAUUCAAACGAGACUCCGGUAGUAGCAGGACCGGAAUAUAUGAUUUCACGCGUAUCAGAUGAUGUACCACUAGCUUCCGCCGUGAAUGUCAGAGGUGUGGAAAUGACGGCGACGGCGACAACAAGCGGCGAUAGGGAAGUGACGACGGCAUGCGAGUUGACAUUGACAGCUUCUACAAGUGGCUCAGGAGGUAGUGUAAGCGCCAGAACAGAACCGCCACAGCCGUCGCAUAAGGAGGUGGAUACGGCGGCGGAGGAUCGGAAACGGAAAAGUAGAGAAUCGGACGACAAUGAAGGUCAAAGUGAGGAUGUUGAAUAUGAGUUUGCUGAUACAAGGAAGCAAGUAAGAAGUUCUACAUCGGCAAAGAAAUCUCGUGCAGCAGAAGUCCAUAAUCUUUCUGAAAGGAAACGCCGAGAUAGAAUAAAUGAGAAGAUGAAGGCUCUACAAGAACUCAUACCGCACUGCAACAAGUCAGACAAAGCUUCAAUGCUGGAUGAAGCUAUUGAGUACCUUAAAUCAUUGCAAUUGCAAGUACAGAUGAUGGCCACUGGAUGCAGCAUGGUCCCUGUGAUGUAUCCUGGAAUCCCGCAAUACAUGACAACAAUGGGAAUGAAUAUGGGCAUGGGGAUGAGUAUGGAAAUGGGCAGGAACCUGCCAAUGGUUUCAUAUCCACCGCUAAUGCCAGAUCCAGCAAUGCGGAAUGCAGCUGCAGCAGCACAAAUGGCUCCUCAAUAUCCUCUUCCGGCAUAUCAUAUGCCUCCGUUUCCUGCACCUGAUCCAUCCAGAAUCCCAGUUGGGAACCAGGCAGAUCCUCCGAGGCUAUACUCACAUGUUGGACAUAAUAUUAAUCAGCCAAGACUUGCGAAUUUUAGUGAUCCAUAUCAUCAAUAUUUUGGUCUACAGCAGGCACAACCGAUGUUACUCCAGAAUCAGGGAGUGGAACAGCCGAGCAGCAGUAAACCGAACAGCUGCAUAGAAGGAAAUGUAGGGAAUCAUCAAUCUGAAUCACUAGUAACCGUUAGUCAAACAUACAACAUGGCCUUGCACAAACAGCCUGCCAUACUAUUGGAGCUGGCUAUAGAGACCAUGAUAACUGCAGGUUUUACCAUACCAAUAAGAGGUGGUACUAGUCUUAGCUUCCAUCCUCCACCACCCUUGGAAUACAGGACAAUAUUUCAUCUCGACUUUCAACUGUUUUUUGAAAGGAAAAAGAACAGCUAUAUCGAUACACUUUGUUUAGAAUACAAAUACAAAUAA